GAGGCUCUCUUAUUAAUAAAAACAACAAAAAACUCAGUUUCUUAAAACAACAGCAAUCGUUUUAUUGUUAUCUUUAAUAGUCUGAGGACUGACUGUGCUCAGCGAGACGGUUCUCUGUCAGGUCUCUCACGUGGUCGUGGUCAGUUGGUGACCAGGGCUGGAGUUGCAGCAGGGCUUCCUCACUCGCAGCUGGCUGUCUGUCAAUGGCUAUCUGCUGGGACACCUGAUGUGGCCUCUCCAUGUGCCUUGGGCUUCCUCACAGCAUGGCAACUGGGUCUAAGAGUGUCCAAAAGAUACCAGAUGGAAUCUGGAUCGUAUUUUACAGCCUAGCCUUGGAAGUCAGAUAGCAUCCUUUCCACCACGGUCUCAGGCCUGGCCGGAUUCGUGGGGAGAGGGAGAGGACUCCAUCUCUCAGGGCAGGCGCCUCAACGUCCAGACGCUGGAGGGAGAGAUUGUGGGAUGGGAUGUGGGUGUAGCCACUGUGUCGUUUGGCUUCUGCUUUGAAGGGUGGUGAGCGGGAAAUAGCGAGUGGUGGGGGAGAAGGGCCACCCACAGUCUUUAUGCCAACCAGCUUGCUGCCGCCUCCACUCCCAGAAGACCCUGAUGGGACACUUGGGUCCCUGGCCCUCUCUCCUUUGGGACCGUGUCUCUAGAGUGCUGCUGUCCUUCUUUCUCUUCCUUUUGGAAUACCUGCCUGGAGUUCCUUUGGCCAGCUCCCCAUCUUUUUCCUCUUUUCACUUGGCUUUGCUGGCCCUCAGCUCUGGUGGUGACAACCCAAGUUCCUGAGUGAGUGAAAGAAUCCACUGUUGAGUAGGCUUCCCCUGGACGUCAGACACUGGGGCAGGGCGGGGAGGAAGUUCCUGGACUCUGUAUUCCUCAGUAAGUUUGAGGAACCUGGAGUCACCUGGAAGUGCAUUUGGGAAUGCGAGGUUGCCGGAGUCCCCCACAUUGGCAGCUCUUCGGCCAUUCCCAGCUGCUUCUCUCUUUGCCCCUCUCUGCCUGAGCUCCCUGUUAAAUGGCAAGUCAGAUAAGGGCCACAUCCUCCUCAGACCUGGCACUCUGCCUCGCUUGAGGCCAGGUGCCUGCCAUCCCCUGCCACUCUGUGUGGGCCUUGCACUUGUGGGGCUGUUGUCAACGCGCCACCCAGACUGGGGCCUCAUUUGUGUGGUCUUCAGCCCCCUUGCUCGUCAGGGCUCUUGGUGGCGAGAACAGAAAGCCAGCCCCCUGGCUGAGAUGUGAAAGGCUGCCCAGAGCCUCCCCUGCCCCCACCCAGAGGGUCCCAGAGAGGGCCAGGAGUGAUCUCAGGUCACUUAGGGUGCUCUUGCCAGGACUUCACGCCGCAUGUGGCCUUGGGCUUUUCUGGAAAACUGUGCCUCACUGCUACCCUACCCCACAGGGCCUGGACUAGCCCCAGGGCAGGGACUAGGUGCCACAGGCCCAGCUCAGCUUCCCUUGGCCACUCCCAGUCCCUACGGCCCCUCCCUACCCAGCCGCUGGCUGCUGGCCCCUCUUCCCUUCUCUGCUGGCCGCCCUCCACCAGCAGGGCUGUACUUCUGAGAGCUGGUGGGACCUGUCGCAUCCGCUUGGAGCCGCUGAUGUGCCGUGCCUCCUCCCUGGGAUCUGUCUCUGCACCCUGUUCCCUGUAGCCUCUUUGCCUUGGCGCUCCGGUGCCGGGACUCGCUGUGCCUCCCCACUCCCGCCGUGGCUUUGCUGUGCGGUUACCUACAGCUGACCCUUGAACACGCGGGUUUGAGCCGCACGGGUCCACUCACACGCGGAUUUUCUUCCGCCUCAGCCACCCCUGAGACAUCAAGACCAACCCCUCCUCCCUCCUCCUCCUCCACCACCUCCUCAACUCGAAGACGACGAGGAUGAAGACCUUUAUGAUGAUCCACUUCCACUUACUGAAUAGCCUCCUCGCUGGGGAGGCAGAGUCCUCGAGUGGCCUCCUGCCUUGCGCACAGCCUGUGCCCUGGGGAGCCUGGCUUGCAGACAACCGCAGUGGUGUCCAUGGGCUCUGCCGACCCCCAGUUCAACCUCGCAGAGAUCCUGUCGCAGGACUACAGCAUCCGGGAAGGGUGCGAGGAGGCCUCGAGGUGCCCGGAGAAGCCCGAGGGGCAGCUGGAGAAAGACUUCAUCUCCCAGGGCAGCGACAUGCCUCUCGACGAGCUGCUUGCCCUCUACGGCUAUGAGGCGUCAGAUCCCAUCUCAGAACGGGAGAGCGAGGGCGGUGAUGUGGCGCCCAGCCUCCCGGACAUGACCCUGGACAAGGAACAAAUAGCAAAGGAUUUGCUUUCAGGAGAGGAGGAGGAAGAAACGCAGUCCUCAGCGGAUGACCUUACCCCAUCUGUGACCUCCCACGAGGCCUCUGACCUCUUCCCUCGCCAGAGCGGCUCUCGUUUCCUGGCGGAUGAAGACAAAGAACCGGGUUCUUCUGCCUCGUCUGACACCGAGGAGGACUCUCUUCCUGCCAACAAGUGUAAGAAGGAGAUCAUGGUUGGGCCCCAGUUCCAAGCUGACCUCAGCAACCUGCACCUGCACCGGCACGCUGAGAAGAUCUAUGAGAACGAAGACCAGCUGCUCUGGGACCCCAGCGUCCUUCCCGAGAGGGAGGUGGAGGAGUUCCUGUACAGGGCGGUGAAGCGGAGGUGGCACGAGAUGGCUGGGUCUCAGCUCCCAGAGGGAGAAGCCGUGAAAGACAGUGAGCAGGCGCUGUACGAGCUGGUGAAAUGCAACUUCAACGUGGAGGAGGCCCUGCGAAGGCUGCGGUUCAAUGUGAAGGUGGUCAGAGAUGGGCUGUGUGCCUGGAGCGAGGAGGAGUGCGGGAGCUUUGAGCACGGCUUCCGCGUGCACGGGAAGAACUUCCACCUGAUCCAGGCCAACAAGGUGCGCACGCGGUCGGUGGGCGAGUGCGUGGAGUACUACUACCUGUGGAAGAAGUCGGAGCGCUAUGACUACUUCGCCCAGCAGACGCGGCUGGGCCGGAGGAAGUACGUCCCGUCCGGAACCACGGACACUGACCAGGACCUGGACGGCAGCGACCCUGACGGCCCUGGCCGCGCACGCCCUGAGCAAGACGCCCUGGCGGGGCUGCGCACAGAGCCACUGAACGUGGACGGCGCGGCCGGCGGUCUCUGCGAGCCUGGUGUGGGCACUGCAGGCCUCCCACCCUCGGAGCCGGCGCCCUGCCCGUCGCAGCAGCUGGAUGAGCCCCCUGCCGUGCCCCUGCCCAGGCGGCCCCCAGCCCUGGCCGACCCAGCCUCGUACCCGCCAGCCACCGCCACUCCAGAGCCAGACGCCAGCCCGAGACUGGCCGUGGACUUCGCCCUGCCCGAGGAGCUGCCCCUCAUCUCCAGCCGCGUGGAUCUGAGCGGGGAUCCCGAGGAGGCUGUGGCCCCCGCACAGGUGGCCUUGUCGGUCACCGAGUUUGGACUCAUCGGCAUUGGGGACGUGAAUCCCUUCCUGGCCGCCCACCCAGCGUGCCCUGCACCCGGGCUGCACGCGGAGCCCCUGUCACACUGUAACGUGAUGACCUGUUGAUUCCUGGCGUGGGUGGGCGUGCGUGGCCGGGACUGGACUUGGCGCUGCCACCGAGCCGGCCGUGUCAGUCUUCCUGACCCCUUCCCCCUUCGGGCCUUGGGGCAGCGCCUUCUCUGCUUCAGAACACGUCAGGACCAGGGCGAGGUGGCCGGGCCUCCGGCCCUCGCCCCUCUCCACACAGACUGGACCAGGGCCACGUGGGCCCCUGCCAUCAGCGCCCGGCACUGCCACCUGGCUCCAGGCUGCGCCCCAUGGACUCACCACCCGGCAGUGGGUACGGAGAGGGCCCGGCCCUCGGAUGCAGGGCAGAGCUGCCGCCGGGGCCUGUCCAGCCAGCAGAGGCCAGGGAGACGGCAGGACGCCCUACCCGCACCAGCAGCCUCUGCCCAGGGCGCCCUCAGCCCCGCUUGCUCUGUCUCCCCACCCCGGCCAGGCCGUGGGGUCUGCGGGCAGCUGCUACUCAGUGCCAAAUCCUGGGGGCACAGAGCCAUAUACCUCGCUGUCUGCCCCCACCCGGCCCCACCCCCGCCCCUGUCGUCUCCACUUCAGGAAAAGCCGCACUUUACACCCCACCUGCCUCCUCCUCUCCAGCCCUGGUCCCCGAUCAUAGUCCGGCUGGGGCCCCUCGGCAGCCCCGGCGUGGGUGGAGGAGACGGGUGACUUGCACCCCCGCUGCCCCUCCCCUGGCACCAAGGCAGGGAGCCUCUGGCGACGCCGAGGGGCUGGACUCCAGCCUGUUCCCUGACCCUGUAGGUCUUUCUGUUGGAAGCUUCCCAGCAAGGUGGUUUGGGGUCCUUGUCCUCCUCUUUCCCGCCUCCUUUGUUUUAUUUAUGUUUCUGUUUACAAGUUGGAGUGAGGUCCUGGGGGCAGGGCAGCCCGCCCGGCCUGGCGUCGUCCAGAGUGUUGUUCACUCGAGCCCUUUGCAGAGUUGGACUCGGCCACCCCUCACCCCCACCAAGGACCACACUGUGAAGUGAUAACUGCCUUGAACCCCUCUUGCUGUUUUAUUUAUUAAACUUGGUUUGAAGCC